AUGGAGUUUCACCGCAUGAUGUUGGUGAGGCUAAGGGAUGAGAGACAACUCGUUCGCAGGUUGUUAGUUCUGGUCAGUCUCGUUCGCCCGAGAGACCUAAGAGAGGAACGAAGAAGAGCUAGAGUGGUUGGGCAAGGAGGGGGUCGCAGCCAGCCUGCGGCCCAAGGCCGUGGCAGAGGAAGCAGAGGAAGAGCUCGAGUAGGGCAGACAGAGACAGGGGCUGCAGGAGGAUUGGAUAGACCAGACCAACAACAAAUAUUGAUGGACGAGAUCCAUGCAAUGUCAAGGAAAGAGAUGGAGGCUCGUUUGGUGCAGACAGUUAGGAUAAACCCAGGUCUGAUGUUCUACGUCAUGAGGCCUGCUGUUGCACCGAAAGGCGGAUUCCAUCCAUCCGGAGGUCAGCAAACUCCGCCUUGGUGUAGCUGCGGCAAAUGCAGGGAUAUGCCAACUCCAGUCGAGCGUGUUUGCUGUGGGAAAAGAGUGUGCAUCACUCACACCCCGGACGGUUGCUGCGAAGAGACAUUCUUGUGUUCCCAGAUGAACAACUGGGGGAAGAAGACGAUGAUUACAAUGCGGCCAAUAGGUUUCAUGCCUACACUUAUUAUACGCUUUGGAGGCAUGGGAGUUAAGGCACUGGAGUAA